AUGGCGUCUGCGUGCUGCUGGUUUAGCAGCAGCAGUCAUCCGGACCGAUGGAUCGUUCCUGGAGGAGGCAUGGAGCCCGAGGAGGAGCCCAGUGCUGCUGCUGUCAGGGAGGUGUGCGAGGAGGAGGGAGUAAAAGGCACAUUAGGAAGAUUGGUAGGCGUUUUUGAGAACCGAGACCGAAAGCAUAGAACGUAUGUCUAUGUUCUCAUCGUAACCGAGGUUCUGGAGGACUGGGAGGAUUCAGUAAAUAUUGGGAGGAAGAGAGAGUGGUUUAAGACAGAAGAUGCCCGGCGUGUGCUGCAGUGUCACAAACCUGUGCAAGCAUCUUACUUCGAAGCCCUUCAGCAGGACUGUAUGACCAGCAACGGCACGUCUCUGGUGGCCACUUACAACAUCAAUCAAAACUCUCUCUCCAGCAUCAGAUAACCACCACAACAAGCACAGAAGUCUCGGCGAAAUUCUCCAGCAUUUUCCACCUUUUCCUACACGACUGAACUCCUACUGCAACUACCAUCAUGUCUUUUUUAUUUCGGCGCGCUAAUGGCUACAUCAAAUGAAAGCUGAUUGCCUUACCAGCCUUUUUUAGUGUUCAGAUGAAGAUCACAGUUUGGGGUCACAGUGAGAUAAAAGUCGUAGGAUACUUCGCUAAUUUUAAUGAAUACUUGCAUGAGAUUCUCUUUUCCUUAUGCCAGGUUUCCUGAAUGCAACCUCACUUUACUAUUGUGUCUUGAAAUAAGUAGUGUUUGUCAUGAUGUUGUGGCCCUUUCAUUCUGCAGUGUUUGCCUUUAGCCUCUAUGGAUAUGCUGUUAAAUAGAGUUGGUUGAAUUUUUUUUUGCAUGCAUUGCAUAGUCACAGUUCUUUAAACUGCUAAACAAAAGAGAGAUUGCGUCUUAAAUUGAUCAAAGUAGUUGAAAUCUUAGUCUAAUUGCCAAUAUUACAUACUCGCGUUGGGAAUUUCUCUCAGACGCAGCUACUGUCAGGUUCGUUUUCAAGAGCAAAUUUGCUAAAUGUUCUGAUGUCGAUGGGGUUUACUGGUUUGGUGGUGCACCGCUUUUACCAUUCAAGCUGGUUUUGAUUGUGAUUGAAGGAACGUCUAGUGUGGUGGUGUCCUGGUUCUGCAAUCCCAGAUGUCCUGGUUUUCAUGUGCACCAUUUAUUUAAAGCUGCAGUCCGUAAGUUUUGCCUCUUUGUCGCCAUCUCUGUUUGAAAACCUG